GUUUCAUUUUGUAAAUAAUGUUUAUUCGGACCAAGGUACGUUCGUACCAAUUUGUCAUUAAGAUAAGUGUGACUCACAUCAAAAGGAUAUAGAUAAUUAAAUGGAUUAGGAUAUAUAACCUUGCUGUCACAGUGAAAACAGAUGAGGGGGCCCAAGAAGUCACCCAGACAUGAGCGCUAGCUGCCAUCAGCACCAGUAGUAUGAAGGCAGAGGUGAUUCUGCGAAGCCAUUUAAGGAGAAAUGCAGGAAAGACAAGUGGAGGCUCUGAGAUGGGACAGGAGUGGAUGCAGCGUGAGUCUGUGGUGGUAGAGCCAGUCCACGAUCACCUCAACCCCAUUACCAUGGUGAUCCAGGAGGAGCAGUACUCUCCAUCAGAUUUCAUCAACAAUGGCGAUAAUAGCAAUGUUGAAAGGAAGUUGAGCCUGGUCAGUUCUGACUUGAAUAUGAGCCCACCGGUCUCACGGUCCCCUGUGUGCUGCCCAGCCCCGACUGUGCUUCGCCCCAUCCCCAUUCUGCCCCUCGACUCCGCCAUCUACAGCUCGCCGCCCACGUACAUUGACAACCUCCCACCCAGCAUCGCCGUACCCUUGGCAACAUGCCAACUUCCGUCCACUAGGCCCGAGUCGGCCAUUCAAACUCUUCAGACACCUCAUCAGUAUUCCCUCCCCAAAUCACCCAAGUGUGAAUAUUCCUCAGAGCCAGAGCUACAUGACUGUAGAUGGUUGAAUUGUGACCGCCAGUUUGUUUCCAUGGAUGAGCUUGUAGUGCAUGUGAACGACCACCAUGUGCGGGUAGAGAGGGCAGACUCUGAGUAUCAGUGCAAGUGGGGAGGAUGCCCACGCAGGGGGAAGGGCUUCAAUGCCAGGUAUAAGAUGUUGAUCCAUAUAAGGACACACACAAAUGAAAAGCCUCACAAAUGUCAUCAGUGUGGAAAGUCCUUUUCUAGGCUGGAGAACCUCAAAAUACACACACGGUCUCACACUGGUGAGAAGCCAUAUAUUUGCCCGUUUGAGGGCUGCAACAAGGCCUACUCUAACUCCAGCGAUAGGUUCAAGCACGUGCGAACACACCAAGAGGACAAGCCUUACAUCUGUAAGAUGCAAGGCUGCAACAAGCGAUACACUGACCCAAGCUCCCUGAGGAAGCAUGUACGGACACAUGGCCACUAUGUGAAAGACAGCAGUCUCCGUCCAGGCCUGGCCAGCCUCCAGACAGACUCAAGUCUGUCACCAACACAUUCCAGUAUUACUGAGUUACAAAGACCAUUCAGCAGUAAAGUGACUGCAUUCUCAUCUAGCAAUGUGAUAGUGCCAUUAUCGCUGUUGACUACCAUGCCUGAGGGGGGUAGGGGCCUGCUUCCCUUGUCUGGCCCUCACUCCAACCCCUUGCUCUCCUCUACCAUUGUGCCCCUGACCAGGACACCCCUUUCCACCCUCCCUGACAGACUACCCAUUGAUUUCAGGGCACUACCCAUCUCUCUGGCAACACACCUGGACAAGGGUGACCGGAAUCAGGGCCAGGAGUCCCCAUUAGACCUAAGUACCAAUCCCUCCCCUAUCAUAUCAUAUGGACAGCAAACAGACACUGGGAGCUUCCACUCUCCACACAUAACACGAUAUGAGGGAGUCCCUCAGGAUAUCAUCAAAUGGGAAAUAUUACAUAUGCCAUCGUGAUCUAGUUAAGUAAUGCAUCUAAAGUGCUCAUUUUAUGAUGUUGUUUUUUGUCACUGCAUCAGCAGAGUUUAUAUUUUUUCAUUGUUUACUUUGCUCUCAGCUAGCUCAUUAGAGUGAGUACUUAGUUUUUAAAAUGCCAGGAACGUAAGAUGACGCUGUGUUCAUGGCUCAUGGAAUUGAUUGCAAAGAAGUUGAAAAGUGUUAGUUGACAAAAAUGGAAGAAAUUUGCAGACAUAUUAACCUGACUUCAAUGUCGUGUUAAAAUAAUAUGGUCAAUUUAAGUAUAUAAUCUUAACAUGACACUGAAGCCAUAGUUGACUUCAAAAUCAUUGUAGCUUUCAUAUUUUAAAAUGGUUUUAUUGUUAUUCAAAUUAAUCCAAUCACAUAUUUUGCAAUAAAUCUGUUUUAUUACCUACCCCUUGGAAGAAGAGGAUGUACAUAUUGCUUUGCACAUGUCGGUAUGUCGGUCAGUAAACCAGAGCUUGUUCGAGUGCUUUCUUGGCAAUGCCUGGACCUAUGCACCCCAAACUUGAUUUGGAGGUUGGGACUGACCAGUUCAUGACUCCUAAUCAUUUGAGGUCAUGGGCUCAAAGGUAAAGGUCACAGUGACCUUGAACAUGAAAAGCUUGUCCGUGAUAAUUGAUCAUGCCUGGACCUAUAGUCUUCAAACUUGACAUGGUGGUUGGGUGUGACCAGUAAAUGACCCCUGUUUAUUUAUGGGUCAUGAGGUCAUGGUGACCUUGACCGUGAACGCAAAAUUCAUUUCUGAGUGAUAACUUGACAAGGCCAGCACAGACAGUCCUAAGUUGAUGUGGAUGUUGGAUGUGACCAGAAGAUGACCCCUAUUGAUUUUGAGGUCAUCAUGUCAAAUUAGCUGGCAUUUCAGUACUUGCAUAUGUUCUUCAGUUGUCCAAAUAUUCCAGACAACAUGGCGCUGAGGGGGGCAUGAUGAUUGACAAACACUUCUUGAAUGUUGAUUCUGACCACGAAACAAUUAUUUUUUAAUUAAUUUUGGAUUUAAUGGCUGAACACUUCUAGUACAAGUGUUGUUUAUUUUUUCAUCAACAUUGAAUCCAUUUUUUUUUUGUUAAAUAAUAAUCCACUUAAGGGCAACUUUGAUGAAGCUGAGUGUUGGUGCUUUUGCUAUAUUUAAAACACUGCUUUGUGGUGUGUGAACUGUUUGCCCAGCUUCACAAUAUACCCUGAAGUUAACUUCAUUUAUUCCAAAUGUAAAUGUAAGCCUUGUUAAGCAGCAUUUUGACCUGUGCAUUAACACACUAUAAUUGCAGUGCUUGUUAAGUUUCAGUGAGUAUUUGAUCAAAUCAUUCAAGCUCCAUCAUUGGUGAUGUAUGAUUUCUUCUGCAGUCAAUUAUACACACUGUUGUUUGCUAUGAGCUAUAUUAGAAAUGAAUGGUUGUCAAUGAUGGUCCGGCUUUUGAUUUACAAAAUGUUAAUCAGCAUAAUAUGUUAGACAGUGACUUGCUAUCAUUUUCUUUAAAUUAUAUAGCAUUUUAGAACGUUGUUUUCAUGUUACAUAAUGGUCAGGUAUCUUUCUUGACUCUGAUUAGACAGUUUCAUUUAUAUUAUCAUGACACAUUAAUAAUAAUGUAUUUAAUGUCAUUGUUAUAUUUUGGAUUGAUCAGCUUUUAAAGCAGUCUGUGAUAAGUAUGUUAUAAUCUUGUUACAUGUAUAAUUACAUACAAAAUAUUAUUUGUUUGUUUGCUAUUUUCAUUAAAAAACUUA